AGUUUCAACAAGUUGGCCUCAUUCAAAUUUUUUAUAAGGAUUGCAGUCAUUUUCCAAGAAGUUGGACUUAUUUGAAUUGAUUCUAGGGACCGCAGUCAUUUUCCAAGAAGUUGGCCUCAUUCAAAUUUUUUAUAAGGAUUGCAGUCAUUUUCCAAGAAGUUUCAACCAGUUGGGCGGAUUCAAGUUGCUUCUAGGGACCACAAUGGACAUGUGGAACACUAAACUGUAUACUAGAUCAACAUGUUAUAGCUAAAAGCGUCUCAACAAGACUUGUCUGUGCUUCCUUCUUCCUCUAGUAAUCAAAGAGCAAAUCACAUCUUUAGUUGAUCUCAAUCAGAUGGAUAAAGCAGCUGACUGUUACACAACCCAACUCAUAGAAGGGGAUGGUACUUUUAAUGCAGACGGUCUUGAAAAUUUUAUCAAACAAGUUAAACUUGAAGAAUGUGGACGUUCAUAUGCGAUCGUUGCUGUCAUGGGCCCACAAAGCAGUGGGAAAAGCACACUUCUAAAUCAUCUUUUUCAUACCAACUUUAGAGAAAUGGAUGCUUCAAAGGGAAGGAAUCAGACCACCCAAGGUAUAUGGAUAGCAAGAUGUACUCGCAUUGAACCCUGCACUAUUGUAAUGGAUAUUGAGGGAACAGAUGGACAAGAGCGAGGAGAGGAUGAUACUGCAUUUGAGAAACAAAGUGCGCUUUUUGGGAUUGCCAUUUCCGAUAUAGUGAUUAUAAACAUGUGGUGUAAUGAUAUUGGUCAUGAGAAAGCUGCAAAUAAACCUCUUCUGAAAACCGUGUUCCAGGUUAUGUUGCGGCUAUUUAGUCCACGUAAAACAACGUUAAUGUUUGUUAUACGUGAUACAACAACCAAGACAUCUCCUGAAAUCAUAAAGUCUAAAUUGAGGAAAGAGAUUAGAAAGAUAUGGGAUUCCGUUCCCAAGCCAGAAGCCCACAAAUACACCCAUAUGAGCGAAUUCUUUAAUGUUGAAGUUGAAUUGCUUUCUAAUUAUGAAUACCAGGAAAAACAAUUUAAAGAAGAAGUGGCACAUUUGAGACUUAAAUUCAUCCAAUCUACUGCACCUGGUGGUCUAAACGAUGAUAGGAGAGGGGUUAUUCCUGCUUCAGGGUUUUCCGACAAUGCACAAAAUAUCUGGAAACAAAUCAAAGAGAACAAAGAUCUUGACUUGCCUUCCCAAAUGAUUAUGGUGUCAACUAUACGUUGUGAAAAAAUUCUUGAGGAUAUCUAUUCUUCCUUUGUUGUAAACUACAAGGAUUGGCGCCAUGACUUAGGAGCGGAUGUGAAAUCUCAAUCAAAGAAGCUUAGAUCUCUGCUUGAAAAUUGUUUGUCCAAUUAUAAUAAAGAGGUUGUGUACUUUGAUGCUGAAGUUGUAUCUGCAAAAAGAAAGCAAUUGGAAGAGAAAGUGAUGGAACAUGUUCUACCCGCCUACAAGCAGUUGUUUAAACACAUACGAUCGGAGUCUUUGGAUUAUUUCACAAGAGCACUUAAGGAUGCCUUGAAUGAAGGACAGGGAUUUGCAGAGGCAGCUCGUAACUGCACUAAAAAGUCGGUCGGACGAUUCAAUGAACUAUGUGAAGAUGCGACCAUUAAGCAAGCUAAUUGGGACCCUACUAAAAUAAGGGAUAAAUUUUACCACGAUUUGGAUCAACAUAUUACUAAAGUUCGAGCUGCCAGACUAGAUGAACUUACUACACUAUAUGAGGUAAAUCACUUAAUUUGGUAGAGUUGGAACACUUGGUGAAGAUGCGGAAUGCUCGAGGAUGAUAAACAAGGUAAAUCUCAUUAAUCGGUAGUUAUUUCGGGUCAGAAAAUGGCUUGGAAAUACAAGAAAUGCGAAAUAAAAAAGUUCAGGGGCCAUUCGGUAAUUAAUGGAAAGUUGAAAUUACAGCUAAAUAUGGAGUCCACAUGUACAACGUAGGCUAUGACUAUCUGAACGUAGCCUAUGGUUGAAACUGGUAAGCCAAAACAUAAACAGCAGCUUCAGAGCGUAGCUUACAUCUGAAACCGUAACUUACGAUUGCCAUACGGACCGUAAGCAAGGUUAUCAAACGGUCCAUAAGGCUACGACGGGGAUCGGGAAUGCGCGUAUGUUGACUUUUAUAUGGUGAUUUAAAGGGUUUUUAAAACCCUAACUAAGUAGAAUUCAUUCACCUACGAAUUUUUGGAAGCAAGGAAGCUACUUUAGCACUAUUCUUCACCCAUCAUCAUCAUAUUUUCGAUCAUAAUCAAGAUCGAGAUCAUGAAUUUAGCCAUUAAUCAAGCUUUUGACGAUCAAUCAACCAACAUGAGCGGCUAAUUAUUUUAUGGUUUCCUCCGGAUGGAGGAUUCUUGUAAGUUAUCGAGUUUUAUGUGUUUAAAAUAGUCUGUGAAAUCGGUACUCUAAGCAUUCGAUGCUUUUUACAAUUUGGUUUGAUUAAUUGAAUAGUAGACGAUUGGUUUUACUUUAAUUCUUGAUUUUAAUUCAUUCAAUUCCCGAGAUUUCUAAUAAUUGCGAUACAUUUGACAGGGGGUUAGGGUUAGCAAUUCCAAUUGAUUAUUCUUAUGAUAACCUUCCAUUGUUUUUACAAUCAAAGUAAGUAGUCUUAGGGUAAUAACAAUCAGUUAACCGAAUUAAACAAUCAUGUCUAUGUGAUUGUCACAAUUUAAACACGUAAUUUGCGUUGCUUUGAAUCUAAAAUCCAGAGGAAGCAUUGUUUCUCCAACUGUUUACAACUUCAUUUAUAGUAAUUAGUAGUUUAAUUAACUCUCAAACAAACAAAGUUUAUAUUUUUGAAAUUAGUUUAUUAGUUCUUAAUGCAUAACGCUUUCCACAAUACUCCUUUAGUUCGAUACCCUGCUUAUCUUAUCUAUUUAGGUUAAAUAGGUUUUUGAUUGACACUCACGAUAGUCAUAAAAAUGGCGCCGUUGCCGGGGAGUCGUGCGCAAAGCGUUUCGUUUUAUGUAUUUUUCCUAAAAAUUAUAAAAAAAUCCAAAAAGAGUAUUUAUUUCUUUCUUUGCCAGUAUUACGCGCAUUUUCUUGUUU